AGGCGCGUGCCCCGGCACUGUAGCGUUGGGGCUGGAGCGCGCGGAGAAUCUUAGCAUUGCGCCGUUUGUGGGCGCUUCUGGGCCACCAGUUUCCCUACCUUCCACCCUGGCGCCCCCAAGUCCUGGUUCACCAGCCCCACUGCCCCGGGCGUCUACACCUUGCGGGCUCAGUGGGCUUAAUCUGCGCAGCUCCUCCUCCAUGUUGAGCAAGCCUCUUCAGGGGCUCGCGGUGGCCCCCGUGACCCCCACGCAGCCGCCAGGAGGCAAGGAUCGGGAAGCGUUCGAGGCCGAGUACCGACUUGGCCCCCUGCUGGGUAAGGGGGGCUUUGGCACUGUCUUCGCAGGACAUCGCAUCACAGACCGACUCCAGGUGGCCAUCAAAGUGAUCCCACGGAAUCGCGUGUUGGGCUGGUCCACACUGUCAGACUCCGUCACGUGCCCACUGGAAGUAGCACUGCUGUGGAAGGUGGGUGCAGGCGGUGGUCACCCUGGUGUGAUCCGCCUGCUUGACUGGUUUGAGACACCUGAGGGCUUCAUGCUGGUCCUUGAGCGGCCUUUGCCUGCCCAGGAUCUCUUUGACUACAUCACAGAACAGGGCGCACUGGGUGAAACCCGAAGCCGCUGCCUCUUUGCUCAGGUAGUGGCAGCUGUUAGGCACUGCCAUGCCCGUGGAGUUGUCCACCGUGACAUCAAAGAUGAAAAUAUCCUGAUAGACCUUCGCCGAGUCUGUGUCAAACUCAUUGAUUUUGGUUCCGGCGCCCUGCUUCAUGAUGAACCCUAUACUGACUUUGAUGGAACAAGAGUAUACAGCCCCCCGGAGUGGAUCUCUCGUAACCAGUACCAUGCACUCCCGGCCACUGUCUGGUCACUGGGUAUCCUUCUCUAUGACAUGGUGUGCGGGGACAUUCCCUUUGAGAGGGACCAGGAGAUUUUGGAGGCUGAGCUCCACUUCCCUGCCCAUGUAUCCCCAGACUGUUGUGCCCUAAUCCGCCGGUGCCUGGCCCCCAAACCUUCUGCCCGACCUUCACUGGAGGAGAUCCUGCUGGAUCCCUGGAUGCAGACACCAGCUGAGGAUGCACCCCCUAAUACUCCUAAAGGGGGUCCUACCCCUUUGGCCUGGUCCCUGCUGCCCUAGUUGGGAUAGCCAUCCCAUGGCCAUGCCUCAAGGAUAGAAGGACAUCUGUUGACCUGGUUUUACAGGUUAUUAAAAAUCCAGUGUUACUAGGGUCAGAGAUUGGGGGUCUGGGAUCAGAAAACAUAAGCCAAGUUUGCCCAGUCCCCAUCCCAAUCCUGAUGAGGAGCCUUCCUCCCAGAAUUCACGGUUUUUAUUCUGGAGGGAGGACUUCCUUGCUUUUUGUUUUGCUAAGGAUGUUUAUUUGGUUGAAGUUAAUUCCAUUCUGAGCCCCAGGACUCUUAUUCUGAUGUGUUAAAAACCCUUACACUGGCACCUCCUGCCUGCUACCACCACACAAACUUAGUUAAAAUGCUCUAACUUGGGCAAGGGUGCUUUCCUUUUAAAAAUCCCAGUAGUUGUUAUUUUAGUAAAGGGACUCUUUAGUCUAGGGUUCCAUGUUAAGUCACACUGCUUGCCUACCUCAGCCCAGGGUUGCUUAUUCUGGGGGAGGUAAUGCCCUAUUGUUAUCCCAGGGCUUUUUUUUUUUUAACUUUUUUUGUUUGUUUUUGGUGAAGGGACCCUACUCUGUUAUUCCAAGUGCUCUUAUUCUGGUGAGGAAAAACCCUACUUCCAAGAUUUGGGAAGGCAUGGGAGAUGGACACCACCAGAGUCCACUAGGAUGGGGUGGAUGGGUUUUGGGGGGGUGGGGGAAAUUAGUCUUGUUUGUUAUCCUGGGGCCUCCCCCUCUACCUUUUUUGGAUUCUUGCUGCCUCCUUGUGAGCCAGGAUUGUCCAGUUGCUGAGAUGUAAAUACUUGUGUAUUGGGAGGAAGGGAGCUCCAGCUGUGUCAUCCUCUCCCUUUUCCACCUGCCUGGAUUAUUUAAAAAAGCCAUGUGUGGGAACUCACUAUUUAAUAAACAUAAUAGAAUCACAAAUGAGUGA